AUGUCUCUUUCCUUCGAGGACAGGUUCGAGCAAGUCGUCAAAGAUGGCGUCUUUCCCGGUGCCAUCAUGAUGGCCAAAGACAAGUCUGGAAAACUAGACUAUGCAAAAGUGUUCGGCAGCACUUGCCUCGGCGACAAUGCCAAACCUCUCCAACUCAACAGCAUCCUCUUUCUAGCCUCAAUGACAAAACUCCUCACCUCGAUUGCCGCAAUGCAAAUCAUUGAAAAAGACUUGAUAUCUCUGGAAACCGAUGUUUCGCCAUAUAUCCCCGAAUUAGCUGCUCAACCUAUCCUCCACGGUUUCGACACCAACGACAAACCCAUCCUCACGGAACGCAAAAACACCAUCACAUUCGUGCACCUGCUUACCCAUUCUGCGGGCACGGCAUACGAUAAGACGGUCCCGAUGCUGGAAAAGUAUAGAGAAAGCAUCAACGACAACCCGAAGGACAGAACGACAAUGAAGGGAAAAUGCGUAUAUCCCCUUCUUUUCGAACCAGGCACCUACUGGACCUACGGCACAGGAAUCGACUGGGCAGGCAAGGUGAUCGAGAAAGUCACAAAACAGUCUCUACAGGACUACAUGCAAGAACACAUCUUCACACCUCUAAGCAUUAACAGGAUAAAAUUUACUCCCUACUUGACCGACGAGAUGAGGAAUGAAACAGCAACAAUCGCACUCAGAAUCCCUUCUGGCAACCUCGUCAAUCUUCCAGAAAGAAAGAAUAUUGAUUUCGGCGAUGCAGAGUGUUUCGGCGGCCACGGUGGCUACGCAGACUUUACCGAUUACUUCAAAGUCCUGGAAUCACUGCUACUCGACGACGGAAAACUGCUGAGCAAGACCAGCAAUUCCAUCAUGUUUUCACCUCACCUCACGCCUGAAUCUCGAACCGGUAUCAACAAAGUCUUCAGAACGCCAGAAGUAGUCUCGCUUUUCGUGGGCAAGUUCCCAGGCAAUAAAGCAGAAGACGAUGAUAUGGAGUGGUAUGCCGAACAACUUCUGGUUUGUGGAUAG